AUGAUCCUGAGAAGCGCAACGCGCGACAUCCAGUUGAUCAGCCUGUGGCUGAGUGAGUGCCAGCAGGGCCAUGCCAUGUGCCAACAGCUUAUAACCCCUGUUCUUCCUAAGCGAGUUCUUGAUGUCGGCAGUGCCAACAACGAUCCUCAUCUGGUGAUUUCGUCAGAAGCUACGGGUCGAUAUCUCUGUCUAAGUCACCGAUGGGGCUCCGACCAGGAGCAAUUAUGCACUACAAAGGAGUCUUUACCUCACUUUUGCGAGACAAUUCCAUUUGGUAGCUUUCCCCUUCUGUUUCAACAGGCCAUCGAGGUUACGCGAGCGCUCGACGUCCAAUAUCUCUGGAUCGAUUCACUCUGUAUCCUCCAGGACGACGUCGAGGACUGGGAACGAGAGUCAGCCCUGAUGGGGGAUAUUUACUCGAACGCAUAUGCCACCCUGUUUGCCGAGAGAGCUACCAAUAGCAACGAUAGCCUCUUCCAGACUGAUGACGACCGAGGCAACCGUUCGCAUUUCGUUCAGGAUGUCGAACACAAAGAUCCGGCCACAGGACAGACACAUUCGAUUCUGGUUGCGUCCAAGCUGGCGACAUAUCCCAGUUCUCUCGAGGAAGCUUUCUGCCUGGUCGACCAGUCGGAAUCCCACCUCGAAGACCGAGGCUGGGUGCUUCAGGAAGAAGUGCUGUCUCGCCGCAAGAUCUGCUUCUCCCACACCGAGCUGCACUGGCAGUGCAACGUGCUCUCGCAGUGCGAAUGCGGCAUGCGGUCCGUCAUGGCGUCCAACACCGUCAGCUGCGAGCACGACUUUGUCAGCCGGCUGCUGCUCUUCCACAGGAGCGACGGCACCGUGACCAAGGGGCUCAGCAAGAGCCUGAGCUCGGCGCGGAGGCGAACCAUGGACGUGAACAGGGCGUGGCAGCAGCUCGUGCGGGCGUACUGCCUGCGAAACCUGACGACGGAGCAGGACCGGCUGUCCGCGCUUGCGGGCGUGGCUUCGAGGCUGGGCAGGUCAAAGAAGAACAUUGAAGCUGAGUGGAAGGACGGCUUGUACCGCUACCAGCUGACAGCACCAGGGGAGGCCGAUUGUAUCACGAUGCGUAUUGAUGCUGACGACAACGGGCCAAUCACAGAAGGUCUCAGACGCGAAAGCAUGGUCAUCACGGAUACAGCAGAAGAUUGGAACGAUAUACGAGCGUCCCUGGGCAUUGAGCAGAGGAAGUACUUGUAUCUCAUUGCAGGAUUGCGCAGCCAAGUCAACGACCUGACUCACCUGGGCGUUACCUUGACGGAAGGACUCCUGCUAAGAGAGUCCAGGAGGCAACCUGAGUUCUGGGAACGGGUUUGUCUAAUGAAGCCGGAUGGAUGGUGGCGAGAAUGGGAGAAGCUGACAAUGAGCAGAACGCUUGUACUCAUCUAG